UAAACACAGCAUAUAGGAUUAUACAGCAUAUAGGAUUACACAUUAUUAUUAUCACCCUCCUACCAUUGAAAUUUAAUUUCAAACCAAUUCAAAAAGAAGAAAGGAGGACUCGCGAAACCAAAACAGACGUAGUACUUUUAUUGCGAAAUUAAAUUACAGGAAGUGUGUGUAUUGGCGGCCCGACUCGGCUCGCACUGCUCCGGUCUUUACGGUCCUGACGCUAAGCUAGCUGAGAGGAUGCCGUCGAUUGAAUACGACGACUCCAAGCCCAGCUGGGCAGACCAAGUCGAAGAGGAAGUAGAUGAAGGCACACUACCACCCCCCAAGGAAACCAUCAAAGGAAAUAUAAAGACUAUAACGGAAUAUAAAAUCGAUGAUGAUGGAAAGAAGUUCAAGAUUGUGCGGACCUUCAAGAUCGAGACAAGAAAAGCCUCAAAAGCUGUUGCCAGGAGAAAGAACUGGAAGAAAUUUGGAAACUCAGAGUUUGAUGCACCAGGUCCUAAUGUUGCCACCACCACAGUCAGUGACGAUGUCUACAUGACUUUCAUCUCCAGUAAAGAGGACUUGAAUGCCCAAGACCAGGAUGAGGAUCCCAUGAACAAACUGAAAGGACAGAAGAUUGUGUCUUGCCGUAUUUGUAAAGGCGACCAUUGGACCACCCGCUGUCCAUACAAGGACACCCUGGGCCCCAUGCAGAAGGAGCUGGCCGAACAGCUUGGGCUUUCCACCGGAGACAAGGACAAGCCUGCUGGCUCUGCUGAGCCAGAGCCUGCACAGCCUGCGCAGAGCAAGACUGGGAAGUAUGUGCCCCCAAGCCUGAGGGAUGGGGGAACACGAAGAGGGGAGUCCAUGCAGCCCAACCGGAGAGGUGGGUCUGAUGACAAUGCCACUAUCCGUGUGACCAAUCUGUCUGAGGACACCCGUGAGACAGACUUGCAGGAGCUCUUCAGACCAUUUGGGUCUAUCUCGAGGAUCUAUCUGGCCAAGGACAAGAAUACUGGACAGUCAAAGGGAUUUGCCUUCAUCAGUUUCCACCGUCGAGAAGAUGCAGCCAGAGCCAUCGCAGGAGUGUCAGGAUUUGGAUACGAUCAUCUUAUUCUCAAUGUUGAAUGGGCCAAGCCGUCAAACAACUAAGGAAUCCAUCAGAAUAUACGUGAGGAUGACAGCAGAUGUUAUUGAUGUGGUAAAACAUGGCCAUUGCCUAAAUAAAUUGUUAUCA